CUCAAAUCUCGACGCGUCACGAAGAAACGUAGGAUAUUUCCCGUUCCUCCUAUGUACAGCAAGCAAGGGGGCAGUUCACCUUCAAACCACCACAACCCCACUCUCCUUUAAACAAUGCCCAGUCGCGCGACUUGCUCACCACACUCACCAUGACCGAUUGGAGUAAACUCAAGGUCGUCGACCUCAAAGCCGAACUCAAAAAGCGCGGUCUGGCUCAAACUGGGCUCAAGCCUGUGCUUGUCGCUCGACUUGAGGCUGCAGAGAAGGAGGUUGGAUCAGAGAGCGAGGCUACUAUCCAGGAUGACGCGAACAAGGCGGAUACGAAUUCUGCGACUUCUCCAGAUACCGACUCGCCCACAGUGCCAACAUCAGAUGUGAACGCCGAUCUGCUUGCAGAAACCGCCCUCCAGGCGACGACGGAAAGGUCGGAGCCUCCUACGGCAUCUCGCAGCGCCCCCCAAGAGUCUUCUGUGAUUGAUUUCCAAAGCGAACCCUUGCCGACACAACCUACACAUACCGUCGAAUCGUCGCAGGCUUCGGCGCAAAAUGACACACAUGAAUCGGCUCUCCCUUCCGUGGAACCCCAGGAAGCAAUUGACGAUAGACAGAAGCGGAAAAGAAGAUCACAGAGUCCUCCACCAUCGACUGCCGAUUCUGUGCGAAAGCGAUUUCGUAAUGACGAGGAUGGGGAAAGAAUGGAAGGAGUUGUGACCACACAGGAAGGCGCCGACUGGGUGGGGAAGCACAAUGCAGUGGACGAGGCAGAAGCUAUUGCUGUAGUAAAGGAAGUUGCCUUUGAUGGCGCCGAGCUGGCACCUACAAUCGUCGAUGAUUCGAAAGAGGAGGUGAAGAUUGAUGAUGUUCAGAUGGGUGGUGUUCAGCCAAAGUCAGAGGAGAGGAUGGAAAUUGACGAGGCUCCGAAAAGAGAAAGCGCGACAUUCGACGACGACUCUCCUUCGAAGACUCGCGACUCUAGACAAUUCAAAAAUCUCUUCUCCGGGGAAUCACAAGACACAGCAAUGGCUAUCUCGCGGUCUCACGAUUCCUCCGAAGAAGUAGAGCCAGAUCGAGUCAUUGAUCCUGCUACCCAUCCUGCGACGUCCACUCUCUACAUCCGCGACAUCAUGCGUCCUCUCAAUCCAAACCAACUCAAAUCAUACCUCGCAACACUGGCCGCUCCACCAGGCCAAGAACCUGAUCUAGAAGUGAUUGUCAAUUUCUACAUCGAUACAAUCCGCACCCACGCAUUUGUCUCCUUCACCAACACAUCCGCAGCAUCACGGGUUCGAUCUGCUCUGCAUGACCGCAUCUGGCCUGACGAAAAGACUCGGAAGCCCCUGUGGGUCGACUUCAUACCAGUAGAGAAGCUUGAUGAAUGGAUUGAACGAGAGCAGGCAGAAGGUGGCGGGCGCGGUUCUGCGAAGAAGUGGGAGGUAUAUUAUGAUGUUGAUGAGGAUCGCCAUGUCACAGCUACUUUACAAGAGACGAGCAGUAUCCGACCAGCACAGCAUAUUCGUCGACCAUCGAUUCCUGUCCCGCCAAUUCAAGCGCCGCAAGCCCCACGACGCAUUGAGCCACCCUCUGCUCCUCGAGCGUUCAAUAUUCGUGGGCAGGGAGCCCCGAUGGAGAAGUUGGACCAGCUGUUCAAGUCAACGGCUGCGAAGCCUAUGUUGUAUUACCAACCCGUUUCCAAGGACUUGGCCAACAGGAGACUGGACAAUAUCGAUGCUGCGAUGUCGAAGGAUGCAGCUGCUGGGAAGCGGAUGACGGGUCCAAUCAACCGAUACAUAUUCGAGGACGGAGAUAAAUUGGUAGAUCGCGGACCGGAGAUCUUCCCUGGUAUUCGACCUCCACCAGAUCAGCGCCGAGGAGGCGCAGGCAGAGGAGGACCACCUCGUGAUCGAGAUGGUGGGUAUCGUGGCAGAGGUGGCGGGGGGUAUGGAGACAGGCCACCACACAGAGUUUAUGAGAGCUUCCGUCCGAGAAUGGAUUCGAGAGAUGACAGGGAUCGGCGUUAUUAGGUUAUCUAAAAUGGAGGAUAUUUGCACUUGGGGGCGUUUGCGGAUUUGACCGGGGGUUAUCCACGUCGCAAGAUUCGCAAGCGUUUGUAGGAGUAUUUCACACUAGAAGGUACAGUUUGUGGUGAUACCCAAGGAGAUGACUCUGGAAGCCAGGGCGGAAAUACAUUCAUGAUUUCUCUAGCUUCUGUCCUAAUGCAUUGUGGCGAGGUGAUAUACACAUACUUCUUGCUUCCCA